ACAUGGUGUUUAUAAGCGGCCGGCAAUGAAGGGACACAGACAGAAACCAGGGGAGGGAGGAAUCAGAGCCCCUGCGGAGAGAGGUCAGCAGCAGGGCCCACAGGUGCCAGGACCCCCAGGCUGGAGACCCCAGGCCUGUCCGGUAGCAGACGUGGAGGGCAGGUAGCCGGCAGCGGCAACCCUCACUCUUGCUCCUCGCUCAGCGGCAAAAACUCAAAUGGACACCGUGGGGCCCUCAAUAAAUAUUUGUCCCCUGCGGGAAUGAGUCAGGGAAAGGAAGGGGGGCGUGUUUGAAAGUCCAUCCUAGGUCUGUGGACCACACCUCGGCAGUGACUCCCAAUAAAGCUCUCCCUGCCCGCCCGGUGACUGUCACAGGUGAAGGAGCCAUGCCCAGGUACACGGUGCACGUUCGAGGAGAGUGGCUCGCCGUGCCCUGCCAGGACGCGCAGCUCACCGUGGGCUGGCUGGGCCGGGAGGCUGUGCGGCGGUACAUCAAGAACAAGCCCGACAAUGGUGGCUUCGCCUCGGUGGACGACGCCCGCUUCCUCGUGCGCCGCUGCAAAGGCCUGGGCCUGCUGGACAAUGAGGACCCACUGGACGUGGCCCUGGAGGACAAUGAGUUCGUGGAAGUGGUUAUAGAAGGAGAUGCUAUGUCUCCCGACUUCAUUCCCUCGCAGCCAGAAGGAGUUUACUUAUACAGCAAAUACCGGGAACCCGAGAAGUACAUUGCCUUAGAUGGGGACAGUCUGACCACAGAGGACCUGGUCAGCUUGGGCAAGGGAUGCUACAAAAUCAAGCUUACCCCCACUGCUGAAAAGAGGGUGCAAAAAUCCAGGGAAGUCAUAGACAGAAUCGUGGAAGAAAAAACUGUUGUUUACGGCAUUACUACGGGUUUUGGGAAAUUUGCCAGAACUGUAAUUCCCAUCAGUAAACUCGAGGAGCUCCAGUUCAACCUAGUACGUUCACAUUCUUCAGGUGUUGGAAAACCACUAAGCCCUGAGAGAUGCCGGAUGCUCUUGGCUUUAAGGAUCAAUGUCUUAGCCAAAGGAUACAGUGGCAUUUCCCUGGAGACUCUCAAACAAGUUAUCGAAGUAUUUAAUGCCUCCUGCCUGCCAUAUGUUCCAGAGAAAGGAACUGUUGGUGCCAGUGGAGACCUUGCCCCACUCUCUCAUCUUGCUCUUGGGCUGAUUGGUGAAGGGAAGAUGUGGUCUCCAAAGAGCGGCUGGGCUGAUGCUAAAUACGUCCUCGCAGCUCAUGGAUUGAAGCCAAUUGUUUUGAAACCAAAAGAGGGUCUGGCGCUCAUCAAUGGGACGCAGAUGAUCACCUCGCUCGGCUGUGAGGCUGUGGAGAGAGCCGGUGCCAUCGCUCGGCAAGCUGACAUAGUGGCAGCCUUGACCCUCGAGGUUCUCAAGGGCACCACCAAAGCCUUCGAUACUGACAUUCAUGCUGUUCGCCCUCAUCGUGGGCAAGUUGAAGUUGCUUUUCGGUUUCGGUCCCUCUUGGACUCGGAUCACCACCCAUCUGAAAUAGCAGAAAGUCACAGGUUCUGCGAUCGUGUUCAAGAUGCAUACACCUUGCGCUGCUGUCCACAGGUCCAUGGUGUGGUGAAUGACACAAUAGCAUUUGUGAAGAACAUCAUAACCACGGAAAUUAACAGUGCAACAGAUAACCCUAUGGUCUUUGCCAGCAGGGGAGAGACUAUUUCUGGAGGAAACUUCCAUGGUGAAUAUGCAGCCAAAGCCCUGGACUAUUUGGCCAUUGGUGUCCAUGAACUUGCCGCAAUUAGUGAAAGAAGAAUUGAAAGGCUCUGCAACCCCUCCCUUAGCGAGCUGCCUGCCUUCCUGGUGGCUGAAGGUGGUCUGAAUUCUGGAUUCAUGAUAGCCCACUGCACCUCUGCAGCCCUGGUUUCUGAGAACAAGGCUCUGUGCCACCCCUCGUCCGUGGAUUCUCUCUCCACCAGCGCUGCCACGGAGGAUCACGUUUCCAUGGGAGGAUGGGCAGCAAGGAAGGCCCUCAGGGUCAUUGAGCAUGUGGAGCAAGUGUUGGCCAUCGAGCUUCUUGCAGCCUGCCAGGGCAUAGAGUUCCUCCGCCCCUUGAAAACCACCACUCCACUGGAGAAGGUCUAUGACCUGGUGCGCUCUGUUGUGAGGCCCUGGAUAAAAGAUCGCUUCAUGGCCCCAGACAUCGAGGCAGCGCACAGGCUGCUCGUAGAGCAGAAGGUGAUGCUGCUGGUGCAGGGGCCAUGCUCUGAGGAACAAGGGUCCAAAGAACAGAGUGCAUUGGUGCGGAAGUGGGGCAAAGAGGAGAUCCACUGCCUCUUAUCAUUAAAGGCUUGCCUCAGAAAACACACAGUUCCACCCUUGGGUCUGGGAAGUAGCUGCACCAUACAUUGAAAAAUACAGAAUGGAGCAUAUUCCAGAAUCAAGACCUGUUUCUCCAACAGCAUUUUCACUGGAAUUUCUGCACAAGAAAUCUACCAAGAUCCCAGAGUCUGAGGAUCUUUAAUGCUUUUUGUCAUAAGUUAGCAGAUUAGACAGCACUUAAUUUUACAGUAAAUAGUACUAUGCUGAAGGAGAGACCUGAGAACUUUCUCAGGCGUAUCAAUCUGUUAUAUAGUUUGGGUCUUAUAAUACCUGCUCUGGUUAGGCUGGUGAUAAUAUUACAUUUACUAAAUCUAGUACUGUGUUCUUGUUGACCUGAGUUAGAGAUGUAAACAAUGUUUCCAGGUUAUAGCACUUUAAUUAUUUCUAAACGAUAUCUACAGGUCACUCAUUCCUAAGGGUGAGAAGAGUAACCACAAUUGUGUGGAUGUUUGACUCUUGACAUUAGAUGAACUCAAAUCUUGAAACAGAUUGAUGGCAUUCUUUUCCAAAAACAUUAGACUUCUGUGAAUCUUUCUUUUGUUUUGGUUUUUGGUUGUUCUUUUUGUUUUUGCUUUGACAAGUUCUAGUUAACUUUGGUGGAUUAUACUAAGCCAUGAUAUGAUGAAUGUUCCUUAAUAUGUCUUUGUAAACAACACUUUUUAAGUCAUAAUUUGUUCUCAAGCUGCUUUUUGUUUUAUUAUUUGAAUUGUAGUAAAGAAUAGUCAAUUGGUCAACAAGAGAUUCUGCGUCAAGGAGUUAAGGAAUGAAUAGAAAGAUUGCUAUUAGAGGGGUUCUCAAUGAACUGUUUCAUAUUUAUCAGAUGUCACUAUGCAUAUCAAAGAAAGGAUUCAGAUGCUUAAACUGUAGUAGGAGGUUAGUGUUAUUGCUGCCUUAUUACGUGUUAGUACUUUGUUCAUGUUCUUGUAAUAACCUAGUAUAAGAAGCCUCCUCAUUUCACAGGUAAGGAAUCUGAUGUUUAGAAGUUAAUCAACCCCCUCUCUGUGAUGGUAAUCAUUAAAACAAGGCCCUGGUGAGAGAGAUCAGAUGGGCCUCAGAAUGUUACUCAGUCUGUUCCCUCCCCACUGAAGAAGAUAAAGGACCUCUUGGGAAGGCUUAAGUGUAAUUGUCCAAAUGAAGGAUGAAUCUAAUGACUUCUUGACUCCCUGAGGCUAUGACUCUGCACCCUUCUGUGCAAACAGGAGCAAAGCACUUUCCAAGUGCAGUGAAACCAUGGCUGUAACGACUGCAGUUGGUCAAGGAAAGGGCAGACAUGCUUGCCCGCUUUCCUACCUGAUGACAGCCUAAAAUGCGUCCAACAUGGAUUUCACAGCAGUUUUUCCUAAUUGCAACCUGUCUACAGGAAAGGUGGAGAGAGAGGUACAAACCAAAAUAUGCUGAGGAACCUGUAGACCUGUAGAAAGGUGGUUCUUGAUGCUGUUCUUUGCUGAAAUGUGGACACAGGAAUGCAGUUUAUUCAUUCUUAUCCACAAGUUGCAGUGGAGCAAGUGAACCCAGUGGUUUGAUGGCUGUUUGUCACUUUGCUGUGGGGUGUGCUGGUUGCCAGGGAUGGUCCUCUGGGGCCCUUCGUUAUUGAGUUUUCUAUACAGAUCUGUAACUGUGCCCUCAAGGGAAUUUCAAGGUAAAUGUGGAAUAAACUAAGUCUUACUGUCUUA